UCAGAGAAGUCUCCAGGAAUCCCUCUUUAAUUGCUUCCUAUUAACAAUUCUUCAUCUUUUUUCCUAACAAGAAAAUGUCUUGCUGCGGUGGAAAGUGUGGUUGCGGCACCAGCUGCGGUUGCGGCAGCGGCUGCGGAGGAUGCAAGAUGUACCCAGACUUGUCUUUCUCCGGAGAGAGGACAACCACAGAGACCAUCAUCGUUGGAGUCGCUCCCGAGAAAGCAUACUUCGAGAUGUCCGAGAUGGGCGUUGGGGCCGAGAACGGUGGCUGCAAGUGCGGAGCUAACUGCACCUGCGACCCCUGCACCUGCAAAUGAGAGUCCGGCCGACACUCGACACUCGACAGUGGCUG